AUGCCUGUCGUACAAUUCACGCCCUUUUCUUCCCUUGUGCAGCCUGCUUUCUGGCAUGAUCUGACACGAAUGAAGAUCGAUGUUCUCCAGUUGUCUGAUGAAGAAGUACCAGUGAUAGGAUCAUAUACAACGGGGCGGUCAAUCACAGAUCGAGAAACUGGCCAAGAAAUACCUCUUGGCUGUAACCUGGCUGUAGGCGGAGAAGCAUUUCAGAAAUCAUCCCAGUUGCCGGCAUUCUCGGUUGCUGCAAGCGGUAUAUUCAAGAACUACAACACGAUCGAAGACUUCAAGGCCUCUGAUAAGACCGCGUUUUUUAACCAGGCUUCUGAAAAGAUAUGGGAUAGCAUUGUCACAAAGAAAGAUACCUCCCUCUUGAAUCAGUUCUUACUGAUUACAUUCGCGGAUCUCAAGAAAUAUAGAUAUUACUACUGGUUCUCCUUUCCUGCGUUCGCUUCAAAACCUUCCUGGGAGAUAUCUGAGAAUGGCUGGAAAGCUGCAGCAGAAGAGUUAUCGCCCAAACAAUUGACUUCUGUAUACAACCAACUUCACGAGCAAACAAGACCGUUUUUCCUUGUUCGAUUGUCAGAGGAUGGUGCAGAAGUCGCGGGUGUAGAGGAGUAUGAUGAAUUUUUCGCCAAUGUAGCUCCUGCGUCUCGAACCGUUGGUUUCAUCGAUCCAUCCGCUAUGGCAGAAAAUCCAGGAUGGCCUCUGCGUAAUCUCCUGGCUUAUCUUCGAGCCACGCAUGCAGCGGACUCCUCUUCUGUACGUGUUCUAUGCUGGAGAGAUAGCGAAUUGCCAUCUGCCGGUAAACCUUGGAGAAGUCGCUUUGCAAUUGUGACGAGCCCUGCUGCUGCUGAUCCUACAGCAAAACCUAGCGCUGUUGGUUGGGAAAAGAAUCCAGCUGGAAAAUUAGCUCCUCGGAUGGCUGAUCUAGCACCUAUGAUGGACCCAACCAGGCUCGCAGAUCAAGCAGUCGACCUCAAUCUCAAGCUCAUGCGAUGGCGAAUCUUGCCCUCUUUGGAUCUAGAUAAAGUGGCAUCCACGAAAUGCCUACUGCUUGGUGCUGGUACUCUUGGGUGUUACGUUGCACGUACGCUUAUGGGAUGGGGUGUUAGAACAAUUUCUUUCGUAGAUUCGGCACGUGUUUCAUUCUCCAAUCCUGUUCGACAACCCCUUUUCGAAUUUGAGGACUGUCUUAAUGGUGGGAAACCUAAGGCGGCAUGUGCUGCUGCAAGUUUGAAGAAGAUAUUCCCCGGUAUUAAUGCUACGGGUUACGAUAUGUCGAUACCCAUGCCCGGUCAUCCUAUACCACCAGCAUCAGUAGAGCAGGCUAAGAAAGACGUGCAACUGCUAGAGAAAUUGUUUGACGACCAUGACGUGGUAUUCCUUUUGAUGGACUCGCGCGAAAGUAGAUGGCUCCCCACCGUUUUGGGAGCAGCGAAAGGAAAGAUAGUGAUGAAUGCUGCCCUUGGAUUUGAUACUUACCUGGUGAUGCGACACGGUGCUCGUGCUUCGACUUCCUCCGAAAACCGUCUGGGCUGUUAUUAUUGCAACGAUAUCGUGGCUCCUGCGGAUUCAUUAACCGAUCGGACUCUUGAUCAAAUGUGCACGGUAACCAGGCCUGGUUUGGCACCCAUUGCAGCAUCCACUGCUGUAGAACUGCUUGUUUCGCUCUUGCAACAUCCUGACGGGCUUCACGCAGCGGCCCCCGCCCCUCAAAAAGGAAAUGAUUUGGCAGAGCCUAGUUCAUCAGAUAGUGUCCUCGGCCUUGUACCACAUCAAUUACGUGGGUACUUGGCUCAGUUCAGGAAUUUGCCUAUUACAGGGGCUGCGUACGACAAGUGCACGGGAUGCAGCGAGACUGUCUUGAAGGCAUACGAAGAAAAUGGUUUUGAUAUGCUUCUGAAAGCCUUCAACGAGCCAGGUUAUCUAGAAUUUCUAACAGGACUGGAUAAACUGUACGAUGAAGGUGAUGCGGCGCUCGAAAGUGUAGACUGGGACGAGGAAGAGGACUAGGCUCAAGAAGAUUUGUAACAUCUGUUUUAUGUUGAUUUAACUACCAAAUGUU